CAGGUUUCAAGUUAGCUCGCUGCAUAAUUCUGACCGCACCACUUAUCUAUAUAUUAUAACCAGCUAUUUAGGUUCUCCUUAUUAAUAGUUGUUAGCACUUGUAACGUUUAUCUGAAGCUGGGACUGGCUUCCUGCUGCCGGUUCACUGCUUUGAAAUGAUGCUAUAGUCAGCUAACCUGCAGUAGCUUGUUAACAAGGUGCAGCAUGAAACCCCUGAUAAUGAGGCAGUGUGUUCUUCAUGGACCCAGCAGAUCAUGUCUCUGAUCCUGUUUGCCUUUGUGGUUCGGGUCAGGGAUGGACUCCCCCUGUCAGCCUCCACAGACUUUGAACACAAUCGAGAGCUCCAGGAGAGAAAGCAGCAGCUCAGGACCAUCAGCAAGGCGCUGGCCCGUUUCCCUGACAGGGGGACCGUCAAGGGCCAGCAGCUUAACAUAUACUUCGUCUCAUCAGAGGGUGUAUCCUACAUGACCGUGUGCCACUGCAGCCUCCCUGUUGCUAAGGCCUUCUGCUUCCUGGAAGAUCUGCGCUGGGAGUUCACAGCAUGCUUCAAUAGCACUGUUGUUGCCUUGGCAGCCAGGCCAUAUCCAUUUUUGGAAUUUGGUGAGGGAAGAGGAAUGGUGUCAUCUAGAUUUGACGGCACCAUUCAGAAGCUGAAGCAGCAGUACAACCAGAGCGGUGGUCCAGCCUUAGAGGUGACGUUGGCAGAAGUCCAGGAGGACCUGAGGAUCCAUCCACCACAAGUGAUUAACUUGGAUGAGGUGGAGCUAAGCAAUGGCACUGCAAAUGGGCACAUGGAGCAAGGUCCUGGAUCCGGUCAAAAUCAGAGACUUGAACCAGUAACAGCACCGGGCAUCCUCUCUCUGGUCCUUAAUAUCAUGUGUGCGUCUUUGAAUGUGAUCCGUGGGGUGCACCUCAUAGAGUACACAUUCCAGGAUGAUUAUGACGGUGUUUGGAAUGUCGUGGCAUUUCUCCUGGCAUUCAUCUGCUGUGUUUUCCAGUGCCACCUCUACCUGUUCCACUCGUCUCUGAAGAAACUGAAGUCCUUUACUCUGCUGAGUGUGAUCGUCCUAUGCAACUUGUUCCUGUUCGGCAUGAGAAACGCGUGGCAGCUCAUCUUCCACAUUUCUGUUGCCUCCCUCUCCACCGUCCUCAUCCUCAAUCGCAAACUCCAAGACAGAACCAAUGACUGCGGGGUCUGAGGGGCAGAGGACAGUUUAACGUGUUGCACCGGUUUUCAGCGCAGGUGAGAACGACGGCAGAGUAAAUGGCCUGAUUCACGUUCGUUAUAAAGAUGUCGUAUGGAUUUUUAACAAAAAAACAUUCAGAAAUUUUGUGUCAUCAUGGACAAUUAUAAUUACAAGUUCAUAUUUUCUUUUAUACAGUAUGUACUUGCACUUUGUGUACAUUGUUUUCAAGAGAUAAAAAGGAAUCCAGUUCUACCUGGAUCUUUUAAAAUACUUGGUUGACCUCAAAGUAGGAACAAAACGCACAGGAAGGAGAACAAAAAUAUCGAUACAUCUCAGUCAAACCCAUCUUUUCCAAAAAAAAAGUUUUUAAAGAAGUUGAAGAAGUUUUUUCUGUCAGAGUUGCUGACCAAAGUUUUUCACAUAGAAACAAUAAUGUCAAAGUCCUGACUCUUUGAAGCUACUUACAGUUUUGUAAUUAACAUACAUUUCUGCUCACAUUCAGCUCAGUAUUUUUCCUGCUACCACAGACCAUUGAAUAUCUUUCUAUAGUCAGUUUACAGCGCGAGGUGACGGUUUGUUAUUGUGAGUUCAUGGAUAAUUAGAUACUUUAUAUAACAUUGGUAAGAGUGUAACACUUCAAUGAUUUAGUAUAGUUUGAAUAAAUAUAGGUAAAAAAUCAAGGAUAGUGGGCAAUGCUGCUUUUAAAUUUUGUUUUCAAUUAUUCCAUUUUUCGGUUACUAUAAAAACUUAAUUCAGAGGUGUAGAUGUGAAGCUGAGGGUUGUUUGUUGCCUUACUGUGUGACGAUGGAAGUGUAGUUAAAAGGGUUUGUUAUGUUGUUUUGCAGAUUCACCGGCAAGUGCUCAGCUACUCAUUGCAAAGGUUCAGAUCUAAGGGCUCCAUUAUUUAAUGACUUCACAGUCUUAUCUUAGAUCAGGAGUUUAGUCUUAUGGUCAUUUAAGGCGUCAUGGUGGGACAUGUGAUCUUUUAAAUACCUACUCUUUUUUUUUUUUUUUUAAACACAGUUUUCAGUUGAAAGAAAACUUUGUUGCAUCACCUCUGAUUGGAGCCUUUUUUUGUACAAUGAAAGCUAAUUUAGAUAUUUAAGUUCUGUCUUUUUCUACUGAUUUCUGCAUUGUGGAGAAGUAACCUGAGGGUAAAGCACUGAUUUGAUGCUUAAAUAGUAAUUUGUUGGAAAAGCUGCACUAUUAUGUUUCGAUUGUUUUUUUUUUGUGAUGGUUUUGGAAAAUGAUCUUGAAUGUGUUGCAUAACGGGUUUAGCUAAAAUGAUAUUUAUAUCCUGUUUUAUGGUUUCGUUUUUUAAAACUCUCUCUUUUCUUGGGGGUUUAUACCACGACUCCCGGUCUGUAGUUCUCACAUUAACAUAGAAAUCCCGUGCUUCUAACUUAUGUUUGAAUAUAAACACAUCACAGUAGUGCUGCUAAAUAAGUAGACUAAGUAUAAUUCUCUUUUUAGUUUGUAUUUUUCUCACAUACUUAGUUUUUAAUGACUACAAAGUUGCACUGUUAAGCAAAGGAAGUAAAUUAUAGGUUAUAGUGUUAGUCAAACAAGUAGCAUUGUGGCUAAAGUGGGAUUAUAUAAAAUCCGUCCUUUUUUCCCUUAAUGUUUGAUCUCUCAUUUGAUCUAGAAGGUUCGAGGUGAUUUUUAAAGAAUAGGGUUGCAUCUCAUCCGACGAUCCAAACGCCCUUUACUGUAACGCACCGUUAGGUUCAAAUGGCGAGCGUUCUACUUGUAAAUUUGCAUUUAUUUCUAAGUAAAUCUGUUUUGUCCAGAACUCAGACUUACGGUGGCUCAGUAAACAGCCUUUUUGAUUUUGUGUUCACUGAGGUUUUUUUUUUCUUCUGACAGGGUUAAGGUAGAUUUUCUGAUUGGUUGGUUCUGAAAUGUUCAAAUGGGAUAAAUAAGUGUUUUUAUUUGUUAUGCCACGUUGCGUUUCCUGUGCAGGACAUUGGUGAUGCUGUAGUGUUUUUGAUAUAAAGGAGGUUUUACUGUUUCACCAGUUCUACUACAAGAAAUGUGUUAUGACAUCGCUGACCAAAUGAAUUGUAAAAACAAUUUUGUACUUAUCAAUGGUUUGAAGAUGUUGAACCAAAUCAUGCGGGGGGUAAUUUAAGUCUCCAAAUGAAGGCUAUUUAUGUUUACUAUGAAGGUUUUUGACAAACAGUAGAAAUGCACUGUGCAACUGAAAUAUAUGGCAGCCUUCUCUUUUUGUUGUUGAUUGGUAGCAAAAGUCUAAACUGGAAACAGUUUGAAAAUCUGUUAGACUCACAAGAGCAGGCUGGAAUCUGUUGUGUCUGUUUCUUGGACGGUUUCUCUUGUUCAAUACAGCCUCAGUUAUUUGUCUAAUUCGACCCACAUAAGGUUGAUUCAGUGGCUGCAGAAGUAACGCGCCCAUGUCAUUGGUCAUAACUGCCAAAAACACUGGUGAUCACAGGGCUUUAUUUUAUCCUGCUGUGGUAAAACUGACAUUUCAUUAAUAAAUAGUGUCUUUUUUUUUUCCA